AAAGGAAGUCUGAUGUAAACUAAUCCUGUUAUCACUUUUUCAGGGUUUUUAUGCUUUUCUUCUGAGUCCGAGACUCCGUGGGUUGUUGACUCUCACUUUGCAGAUGGAGCUUAAUGGCUAGGUAUUUCUGGAGACGCAGCAUGAUGUAAAUACAGGAAGUACUGCUUUCGCUAUCUGCUCUCUUGUAACUGACUCCUGACUGCUUCUUUGAAAAAAUGGCUACUUCUGAUAACCCGUCUGGAGAAACCAUGAUUGUCCAACACAUCCCUCUGGUUCAUGGUCAGUCUGUGGGUUGUCAUAUUUAUACUCCAGAACGGAGACCGAGAAGACCCUGCACUUUGAGUCUGACUCAUACUAUCUCACUUCCUGAAAGAGAAAACCUCCCAAAUGAAGCACUGAACGAUGACAUCCAGGGUCGCACUAGCUGGUCCAAAGUCAACAAAAGGGCAGGAAUCUCAGAUCCAGGUUCUGGAAACAUAAGCGGAUACAACCCUACGACUCUGUAUAGUCGUAACCUGUUUGUUCUUGAAUUAGAAGUUAAAGAGGCUGAGAAGAAUUGGGAUGCAUAUACAAACAUCCUGCAUAACGACUGGAAAGAGUAUCCAUUUUGCCAGUAUGAAAAUUCAAAUGGGACCAAGGAAAAGACCCUGAGGUAUACCACUGCAUGCAAUUAUAAUAUUAAAAAUUUGGAGGGUUUUGUGAGAGACAGAAAUGAUGAACAAAUACUUCAAGACUCAGGGCUGCGUCUUCACAGGAACAAUGAAGACACCCCAGUUUUGAUGGACUGUGAGGAACAAGACUGGGCUGAUGAAAACAACUGUGAUGGAUAUUUUCCUUACAUAAAAAAUGCCUUCUCAGAUUGUGAGUCACUGAAUCAAAACCAGACCAAUUAUAUCAGUGAUUCUUCUUGCAACAGCUCUGAUGGGGUGUUAGUAAAUUUCAGUGCUAUUUAUAAUAAGACUAAUAAUGCAGUCCCUGCUACACCAUAUGACCUGGACAGUCCUGCAAGGCAGUCCCGAGUAACGGAGUCUGAUCUUCAGGAUGAUGAAUUCAAGCUGAUUCCAUGCUGGUCUCCUUGUAAAGUUGAUCCAAAUUGUAACAUCUACCAGGCUGACUGUAACGGUUUGUCAUCUCAGGAAACUUCUGAUCUCACUCCAUGUCAAGGCCAGCCGACCACGUACAAUUAUUACAAGCUGGUGACCUGUGACCUCUCAUCUCAGUCUGCUGCUAGUCCGGCAUGGUCCUCUUUGACAAGUUGCUCAGAAGCUCAUAGCCAUGGUAGCUUGACGAUACCCACAGAAUACUUUCUAUUCAGAAAACCAGAGACAGAAGAUGAGGAGGCAGUUGAAGUCAACCAAAGGGACGUCCAGGCUGGUGAGUACAUAGACGGGAAUACAAGCAAAAGUACAAGGAGGAUUUUGAAGGGAAAAAACAACAGAAAGACUCACUGCAAGACACAGAAUGACAAACACAAAGAUCAAGAACCCAGUAUUUGUGAACACACUAGUGCUACACAAGUACCUCAAAGCUGGAAUAAGCAACCAUGUCAUUCUUUACCAAACGAGGAAAAUCUGCGCCGGGUGCUGAGCUGCCCAAGCCAGAUAAGUGUAACUUCAUCUGCACAUGUUUUGAGGCAACAUAAAACCUCAUUUGCAGAGCUUGCGCGAUUCAAAAAGAGUUUGAGAAGUCCAUCAGUGGUGAAAAACAGCAAGGAAGAUCCUACUUCCUCCCUCUUCUCCCAGAACAUUUCACCUGUUCAAAGGAACGCUCCUUCAGGACAAAAUGAAACCUUAAUUACAAGCACAGCUGAAAGGGAAUCUGAAAUAUCUGGGGGCUCUGAAACUGCUGGAAACAUUCCAUCAUUGGAAGUUCCUGAAUCAUGCCUAGAAGUUGUGCAGUACAAUAAGCCACAGAGACCUACCUCUUUACCCAUCCAGCCCUUUGUACUUCAACCACCAUCAGGAAAGCAAACCAUCAGCGUCCUGGGCUCCCUGAUAGACCAUUACAUGAACCACAAACAUGGUUCAUCCAAAAGCUCUGACCUGCCCAGCAAUUUAGCAAGCUCACCUUUGGACAACUAUUCUUUUGUUCAUCUGGAAGCAGCCUCAUGCACGGAUACCUGCUCAACUUGUACCCCAACCCCGUGUGAACCUCACAUUUGCCCUCAUUGGGCUCCACCCAUCUCACUGUCCUUCCAGUCUGACCCAGACCAUAAAUACAGAAUAACAGCUACUGAAGAACCCAGUCUACCUGAUAAGAGCCCAGAAGCAAAUCAUACCUGUUUAGAUCAAACCUAUCCAAGCCUUAAUCCAAGUGAGACUGGCCAAGAAACUUUUUCCAAUAAACAUGUACAGAGCUUCCAUGCUGAGCAAUUUGGGUCUCAUCGGACAUCUCCAAAGUUUAUAGCACCAGAAACAAGACCGCAAGAUGAGCUUGUUUAUCCUUAUUAUAGUUCAUCUCCAGCUAUUACCUCAGUGACUUCCCUGACCUCUGUCACAUCCUUUAUUAUUCCUGGUGCUGGGCAAAGCAGCUCAGAUGCUGUUCUUCAAGCCCACACGACUCAGGAUCUCAACACCACUGCCUUUGCCUUUGGACCAAAAAAGCCACACUGCUUCCUGGAGAAAGAACAGCAUCAGCAUGGUGACUCAUCCUCUCUAGCUGAUAGACCACCUGAAGAGUUUUGCUCAUCACCAGAUCCCUCCACUAAAUUUCUUCCUAUUGAUCUGCUGCAGAGGAAAGACCUGCUGAAAUCUCUGAGCGUAGCAGUGGAAUUGAUCACAGCACACUUUAGCUCCUGCACAGACCCUAAUGAGAAGUUUAGACUGGGAAACAGCUCGCUGUGCCCCCAAAUCAGUCAACUGGUCCUAGAUCAGCUUUGCCCUGCUUUCCGGAACAUUCUCCAGGAUGGACUGAGGCCCUUUAAGCUGGAUUUGAUUGUUGGACAACGCAGUAAUAAGCCGUGGAGCGUGGUGGAGGCAUCUACGCAGCCAGGCCCAUCCACACGCAUGCUGCACAGCCUGGUCUCAGUUGUUAAGAAGUGCUCAAUGUUGACCAACCACAGCUUGAGGCUUAAUGCCUUCUUUUUAGGUCUUCUGAACUUGUCUGCUUUGGAGUCAUGGUUCCGGCACUUGUACACCUGUGUAGAUGUGAUUGCAGAGUACUACCACCCCUGGGCUUUCCUGGCCUUGUCCCAGGAUCCGGUGUGUAAAUCUGUCUUUCAGGAGCUCCUCCUCCUGAUCCAGCCACUCUCUGAGUUGCCAUUUGACCUCCAUUUGCUCUCUGAGUCAAGGCUCCAAAGGAGACAGGAGCAAAAUCAGCCAUCCAUCCAACAGUCAAGCUUUCUUGCUGUGUCUGGCUGCUCAUUUCUAAAGAUGCCUAACAGGCAAAACAGUGAUGGACAACCAGAAAGAUCUAAAUUGAAGGAGAAAAGAGAACCACGUGUACCACACCAGAUGGAAAUCCAUAACUGUGCAGUUACAGUUUCUAUACCGUCCACUCGAGAAGCUGAGCAGAUAUCAUCUGUUGGUUCAAAAAAGAAGCAUGCUGGAUGGUGGCUGAGCCAUACACCCUUCACUGAACGUGUGAUGGAAGCAGAUUGCUUUGUUCCACUCGGACGGCAUGAUGAGACAUCGGUGGAAAAUGAUGUCAGAAGAAAAGAAGAGUUCUCACUGAGGACGGAUCAGGUAAAACCAUCAAAGGAGCUACGUUGGGCCCGAUUAUUUGGUUCUGGAAUCGGCAGUCCCGUGGCAGUAGAGAAGGCAGAAGGAAGCAUCAAGCAAACCCAGACAAUAAGAUCACCUUCACACUGGCUCCAGCUUGGAGCAUUGAAGAUGGACCAGCUGGCACAAUCCUUGUGGAGCACGAGCAGAACCUCAUUCCCAAUGACACAAAUUCAACCCAGUGAUGAUUCUCAUUAAAUCUACAUGGACAUGAAGAAGUGUGAAAAGAAGCACAAACUCCUAAAAGCACAAUUAACCUAAAGUGGUAUUUUACUGAUCUUUGGUUUUUCCACAAAAACAAAAAAAAUGCAGAAUCUGCUGUCAGUAUUGAAACUUACUGUACUGUAUAUAGCCAUGUAGGUUAUUCAUCAUUUUCUGCCAGUUAAUACUCAAUAUUUCCAAUAAUAUUUCCUCAAUAUUAUGGAAAUAUUCCAAAGCAGAUUUUUUUUUAACCUAUCGAAGUGGGUAGUAAAGGUCACUGCACCACUAGUGCAUAUUUAACAUAUAAAAACAAUUACCACUUUUAAACAUCAUCAUCAUUUAUAGGUUUAAACAAUGUAGAGUUCAUGAACUGACAAAAAUAUAUUAAAGAUUAGAGAUUAAAGAUCAAUAUUAAAGGGGCGGAAAAUUCCAGAGUAAUUUGUGUUAUUAUGUUGUUAUUAUAAGUAGUGUUCUGAAAUUGAAAUAAUUUUGGACUUUCUUUUUAACAUUUUUGAAAGUGAAGAUUUCUUUUAGUGGGCACGGUGGCUUAGUGGUUAG